UAUAAUUCGUGAGAUCUGAGAGAAAACGGCUAUAAAUAACCCGAAAGUCACUCAAUAUUGCUCGCACUCUGUUCUCUGCUUCAAGCUACUCCUUACGAAGAAGAAGCGUCGAAGAUUCACAGAGAACACUACUAGUCUACUACACUAACACCGUAAGAAAAAUGGCAUCUCAUAUUGUUGGAUAUCCUCGUGUGGGACCUAAGAGAGAGUUGAAAUUUGCUUUGGAGUCAUUUUGGGAUGGUAAGAGCAGUGCCGAGGAUUUGAAGAAGGUGGCUGCUGAUCUAAGAGCAUCAACCUGGAAACAACAGUCUGAUGCUGGAAUCAAAUAUAUUCCAAGCAACACUUUCUCUUACUAUGAUCAGGUACUUGAUACCACCGCCACCCUCGGCGCUGUUCCUCCAAGGUAUGGCUGGACCGGCGGUGAGAUCGGAUUUGAUACUUACUUCUCAAUGGCCAGAGGUAAUGCUACCUUGCCUGCUAUGGAGAUGACUAAGUGGUUUGACACCAACUACCACUUUAUUGUCCCAGAAUUGGGCCCUGAGAUUAACUUCGCUUAUUCUUCUCACAAGGCUGUUGAAGAAUACAAGGAAGCUAAGGCGCUUGGAAUAGACACUGUUCCCGUUUUUGUUGGCCCUGUAUCCUACUUGUUGCUCUCCAAGGCCGCCAAGGGAGUUGACAAAUCCUUUUCUCUCCUAUCUCUGCUUCCCAAAGUCCUUGCUGUCUACAAGGAGGUUAUUGCUGAUCUAAAGGCAGCUGGUGCUCAAUUCUUUCAAUUUGAUGAACCCACACUUGUCUUGGAUCUUGAACCUCACAAGUUGCAAGCAUUUACUGAUGCAUACGAACAACUUGCACCUGCUUUUGAAGGCCUACAUGUUCUCGUCGAGACCUACUUUGCUGAUGUUCCUGCCGAGAAUUACAAGACCCUCACAUCCUUGGCUGGUGUUGCCGCAUAUGGAUUUGAUUUAGUACGUGGAACUAAGACUCUUGAUUUGAUCAAGGCUGGAUUUCCCAGUGGAAAAUGGAUCUUUGCUGGAGUGGUUGAUGGAAGGAACAUUUGGGCAAAUGAUCUUGCUGCUUCUCUCAGUACAUUAGAGGCUCUUGCUGGCAUCGUUGGCAAAGAGAGAAUUGUUGUAUCUACCUCCUCAUCACUCCUUCACACUGCUGUGGAUCUUGUUAACGAGACAAAGUUGGAUGAUGAAAUUAAGUCAUGGUUAGCUUUUGCUGCCCAAAAGGUUGUUGAAGUAAAUGCAUUGGCUAAUGCAUUGGCUGGCAACAAGGAUGAGGCCUUCUUCGCUGCUAAUGCUGCAGCUCAGGCUUCAAGAAAGACCUCUCCAAGAGUGACUAAUGAAGCUGUUCAGAAGGCUGCUGCUGCAUUGAAGGGUUCUGACCAUCGCCGUGCUACUAACGUCAGUGCCAGGUUGGAUGCUCAACAAAAGAAGCUUAAUCUUCCAAUCCUCCCAACCACCACUAUUGGAUCAUUCCCUCAAACCGUUGAACUGAGGAGGGUUCGCCGUGAAUUCAAGGCUAAGAAGAUCUCCGAGGAAGAAUACAUUAAGGCAAUUAAGGAGGAAAUCCGUAAAGUUGUUGAACUUCAAGAAGAGCUUGAUAUCGAUGUCCUAGUACAUGGAGAGCCUGAGAGGAACGAUAUGGUUGAGUACUUUGGUGAGCAGUUGUCAGGCUUUGCCUUUACUGCUAAUGGGUGGGUGCAAUCCUAUGGGUCUCGUUGUGUCAAGCCGCCAAUCAUCUACGGUGAUGUGAGCCGCCCAAAGGCAAUGACUGUCUUCUGGUCAACUCUUGCCCAGAGUUUCACCAAGCGUCCAAUGAAGGGAAUGCUUACUGGCCCUGUCACCAUUCUCAACUGGUCCUUUGUUAGAGUUGACCAACCUAGAUCUGAGACCUGCUAUCAGAUUGCUUUGGCUAUUAAGGAUGAAGUAGAAGACCUUGAGAAAGGUGGUAUUGGUGUUAUCCAGAUUGAUGAGGCUGCUUUGAGAGAGGGACUACCAUUGAGGAAGUCCGAGCAUGCUCACUAUUUGGACUGGGCUGUCCACUCUUUCAGAAUCACCAAUGUUGGUGUUCAAGAUACCACUCAGAUCCACACUCACAUGUGCUACUCUAACUUCAACGACAUCAUUCAUUCCAUCAUUGACAUGGAUGCUGAUGUUAUCACCAUUGAGAACUCCCGUUCUGAUGAAAAGCUUUUGUCAGUCUUCCGUGAAGGUGUUGUGUAUGGUGCUGGAAUUGGCCCUGGUGUGUAUGACAUUCACUCCCCAAGAAUCCCAUCAACUGAAGAGAUCGCCGACAGGAUCAACAAGAUGCUUGCAGUGCUUGAGAAGAACAUUUUGUGGGUCAACCCUGACUGUGGGCUAAAAACCCGCAAGUACUCAGAGGUUAAGCCUGCACUCCUCAAUGUGGUUGCUGCAGCCAAACAAAUCCGUAAUGAGCUUGCCAAGUGAAAGGGUAUAAGGAAAGAGAAUCUCAGUAGUAAUAUUGGCUUUGUUUGAUUUUACACAAAGAAAUAUUCUAUUUUGGUUGUUUCAAUAACUGUGUGCAAUAUUUAGGUACUUAGUAUGCUCUAUGAGCCAUUAAUCCCUCCCCUCCCAAAAUUUCAUUUUGCCUCACUUUUCUGUUUUCCAAAAAUGGUUGUAUCGUGGCUCAGCCACAUUUCUUAAUGAUAUGCAAUUUUAUCAA